AUGACGACCGCCGGCCUCUCACGUGCGUACGCGGUGCUGCGCCAACUCGAUGUCUUGCGUGCCGAGAGCAUCACCAACCCGCUGCCUAUCUCUGGCGACCGUCACCCUCGCGCACGAAGUGCAGAGCCCGGGACAAGCGAACUGGCGUCGCCGCCGUUUCGAUCGAGGGGUGAGUCCGCUGGGCGUAGCGUACGUCUGCAUGAAUCCCGACCGCCGCCCCCCACAGAGAGGAGAGGGCAGCACACCAGUCACGGAGACAUUAUCUGGGAGGAUUUGACGAACAUGGAUGUAACUGAGCUGUCUUCUUUCCCCCCUGCUGAGGCGACUCACUACCGCGGCUACUCAAAGCACUCGUACACCUAUGCACCUGUGGGCUCGCAUCUCCGCCCUGACUCACCCAGCCACGAUGAACCUCAACGAGAACUCUCGCAGCUGACAGCUGCUGAAGGAGGCUGCCAUGCUGCAGCUGCCACCACCAGUGCUGGUACUCAGCCUCACCACUCCUUGCUUUCUGGAGAGUACAUGGCGGACGACGGCCACGAUCAACAUGUGCCGCCACCGCCGCCGCUCAGUCGCACAAACGACGCCUCUCUGCCGCUCUUGUCUUCGUCCAACUCCCCCCUCCCUCAUCACCGGUACCGCAGAGAGGUCUCAACAGAACGACCGCUGCGCCGUUCGCCGCCGGUGCGCGCGGCAGUACCAUCGCCAGCUGUCCUGCCGUCCUUGUUCACCAGCGAGGCAGCGCGCGCGGCUGCUGUCCAGGCAUCUUCGUCGUUGGAGUUGUGUUUUGACAAGGAUGACAUGCACGCAGUUCUGGCAAGCGCUGCCGCUGCCGCUGCGUCCCCGGGGCUGACGGGGAGAACGCAACAGGGCUGGGGCGCUGUUCAACCAUCUUCAGCGCAGUUGGAUGGCGCUGCUGUUGCUGAGACAGACGCUCUGUGUCGCAUACACCGGCGCAUUACUCAUGGCGCCCAUUGCGGGACUGAAGCGGCAUCAACUUAUACGCAGAGCCUCAGAACUUCCGUCGAUGCUUCAGUGACAGCGGAAGCUGUCGCCACGCCCUCGUCACUGAACUACUCGUCCCUGAUGGCGAUGCCGGACGACGAUGUGCAGUCUGCCAGCAGUAGUUCUCAUGUCACGGCUGCAGACGGUGGGCGACACCCACUUUGGCAGCUGCCUAUGUCAAGGAAUGGCGUGGGCGACAAGCAGCCCCGCCGCCACAGGAUAGCCGCCGCUUCCGCGGCUUCCCCGUCCGCGCCCGUGAAGGAUGUCUCCAUCACCCACGGCGUCGGGCGCCCCUUGGGAGCGUUGCCUCAAGGAUCUCGUUCGGUUGGGCAGCGGCAUCAGCGAGAGGCGACUGCCCCUGCAGCUGUGGCGCCUCUGUGUGGAGUGUCCUCCCCUCCGCCCUCUGGCGACCUGUCGCCUCUCUCCACCGCUGCCGGCCCCAGUGUGCGCGCGGACGGCGGCAGAGGUGCAAACGCGGCAGAGGCCCGACAACCGCAGGAGGAAGAGGAGCGCACCUCUUUGAGCAGAGACUGCCACCUGCCACCGCACGUGAUGCCGUCCCCACGUGAUGCCGUCGACACGGGGCCAUUCCCGCCUCGAGCUCCCGCGGAUCGCAGCGACAAGGGGGUCGGUGAUGAUGGCAGCGGGUGCAAUGGCGACCGUGAAGGCAGCGAUGGUUUGCGCUUCAAUAACCUCUUCCCUGGCAGCGGUGGAGAGGGAAGUAUUGGCCAAGAAGGGCACCCUAGAGAAGACGAGUCGCUCCCCCUGCGUGACUUCUCCGGUGCCGUCGAGGACAGGUCUGUGCAGCGAGCCGCUGCUCACAUCGACCAUCAGCGCUGUGACUCGUACAGGCCAUCACAGAGCAACUCGAGAGGGCAGAACUUCACACGCGAUGCACGUCAUCGUGUAAUACCGCUGUUCCCUGCCGCGUACAGGAAUGCGGUGCCCUUUCUCGACUACCUCGAGCGCGUCAACGCCGCCAGCUCACAUCAGCUGCUCAAGGAGCUGGCUGCCAUGCGCGAAGCUUGGGUCACCAGCACUCAGGUAGAAGACGCGGCCGGGGGCGGAGGCGAAUAUUCUAGGAGGGCGACAGAGUCCGUUGUGGUGGACUGCCUUGCCAUGGAUCUGCUGCUCAACAAAGCCAGCGCACUCGAGUACAUUGUGGUGCCUUGGCUGCGCACACGCCUGGAGUCGAUGAUGGCGGUCCAUUCAGCAGAGAGGGUGAACUCCGGUGCUGGAAAUUAUCGCAACCAAGGCAAGGCCGUCGCUGCCAACGCACUCCGACGAACAGAGGCGGAUGCGGAGGGCGUUGGUGAAGGGGUUGCAGCGGUGAAUAACAGCGUACUGUGUGCCAUCAUCGGCCUCGGCGGCGUCGCAUUCACGCUUCUUCCUACUCUCCUGCAGCUACUUCUCUGGCUGCCGCCACCGUCGCCGGCGUCGGUGUGUGAUGUGCGCCUCGUUGGACUUGCGAUACGCACCGUGGGCGGUGCCGAAGGACUAGAGACUGUGAUUCGCAUAGUGCAGCAGCAGACGGAGGGGGCGCAUGUUUUGACAGCGGCGGCGUACGCGCUCAGUACAUACAGCUUCGAGCUCGUGGGCCACACAAGCGCCGUGUGCAUUCCCGCUGGCGCGAUGCGUCAGUUUGGCGCGGGCGGAGGUGCAGACUCGCUUUUCCAGCUCGUGCCGGAUGACUUUUCCUCCUCCACAGCGUCCUCACUCUCGGCAUCGCCGAUGAUGGAGGAGCUGCGGCCGCUCUGGAGUCGCGAUCCUCUCUUGCUUUCGCCUACUGCGACAACAGGAGCACCGACGGGGCUGCAUCUCCUCUACCUUCAGUCACCACCGCCGUAUCGACCGACCCACGUGAUGGUAGACGCGGAGGUUGCACGAUGCGAGCUGCUGGCGUACCUCCGCACCGACCAGUUUCGCAUAACACACGCAUACCCGUACAUCAUGGUGUUACUGAAUGAUGCUCUGAACGCGCGCCUGCUGAGCGCUGUCCUUACCCCGACAGCGCUGAGCCUCUACUCACCCAUCUUAUCCCAGCUGCGCCGUGGCCUGCACCGGGUGCUGGCUGACGACAUCACCAACACUACACCACAUCAACGAGGCAAUGUUGGCAGCUGUGACAUCGAUGACAAGGCUGCAACUGCGCAGGGGCUGCUGCGGCUUCCACUUCUCCCGUACUCCCUUCAUCGCUUCUUUGCAGGGGAGAAGGAUAUGCUUUUCGCUCUGGAGUCGGCGCUGGUGCACGCCCUCUUGGCGCGCCCCGCAACUGCGCUGGUCCAAGAGCAGGCGCUCAUGUCACUGAGCUCGCUGCCCCCAGAGGCCCGCGUGCACGUGGUUCAGCCUGUGACGGACUUCUUUAUAAGCUCGGCACGCAAGCUACACCUGCGACAAACAACUACGAUGCGGCGCUUUGCCGCCCAAGCUAGCCGUGGUGACCCUCCAGCAACCGGUCCUGGCCCCUGUAAUGGAGCAGGAGGGGUGGACGCCAGCGAAAAUGUUACCGUUGCAGCGGCCAUUGCUGCCGGCACUGUGUGCGUGAACUCCCUUGCCUCGAGUUCUUGCGUGGACGGCUGCAUUGCGGCACUUCUCCCCGUCUUCCAGGAGCUGCUGCACUCGCCGUUGUGGCGGGUGCGGCACGCGGCGUGUGUGGGGCUCUCACGCAUUGGUCCCUUGACGGCAGACCCAUCCUCUAUUGUUCACUUCCUGCUAACCCGCCUUGCACUUCAAGACCCUUUGGCAGAAGACGAGAGGGGUUUAAGCCAGUCCCCGUCUGCGGUUGCCACAUGGUCCCCACAGCUGCCGUUGCAGUGUGCCACUGUCGUGUGGUGUCUUGCGCAGCAGCGACAGGGCGGUGUGCGAGCACUGCUGCAGCUCCUGCAGGACCCCAAGCAACCUCCGCAAGUGCACCACUGGUGCGCCUUCCAGCUGGCUGAGGUAGACGUACACGAGGCGUGCGCGAAGCUGAACGGUGGCGACUCUCUUGAAGCCGAUGCGCUGCUCGAUGAGCUGGUGCAGGUGCUGGGGAAGCUCAUUGUGACGCAGGGCGCCUUGGAAGAGGACACGAUGCUGUUGUGUGUGCGGGCGCUGGCGGAGGUGGUGCAUCGACACCACACCACUGCGACGUCGCCAGUCAGCAGCGCUGCUGCUCCUGCUGCGGUGGUCGCCGCCUUUUUACUUGACACCAUUCAGUCAGCCCAUGAGGCUGCCGGCUGCUGCCAGGGGGAGGAGCCAAACACCUGUUUUACUGUGCUCACGUCCGUGCUGGAGGCGGCACUCUUACCCACCAACGUCCUCAAGGCGCUGUGCCUGUACCUCUGCCGGUACGGCGGCGGCCACGGGGAGCUGUACGUAUGCGAACUGCUGCUCCAGAGCAGCUCCGUCGCCGUUCGAACCGCCGCCGCAUUUGGGCUGCGGGGCUGCGGUGCCAAGGCUCUGCGUAGCGUCGUCUUUGGCAUGAACGACGGCAGCUUUGACGUGCGGCGUGAGGCCUUUGAGACGCUCACUGCCAUCGGCGCCCCGGCAGCACUGGAGGUACUGCAGCAGCGACCGGCAGAGCACCGGCAUCAGGUGCAAGCUGCACUGCGUGAUUGCUUGCUGCAGGAUGCCAGUCGCCCUGUGUCGCGCAAGGUCGCUGAGGCUGUGUAUCGAGCCCUUCUAAGCGAGGAGCUGCUUGGAGCACGGGAGCUUUCGUAG